AUGUCCUCAAAGCUCUGUGCACCAUGUCGAGAUGCAUUUCUCUCCGAACCAACACGUCUGUACCGAGACUCCACCAUUAGCUAUUCUCCCUUUCACGAGGCGCCGUGGAAAGCCUUCCAGAAGAAUGCAGACUCAUCUCAAGACAUAACCGAGUCUGUGCAAGCUUGCGCCUUUUGCUCCUUCGUUGUCGCGUUCGCAGCGGCGGACCAAGCCCUUGGCGAGGAUGGGAACGGAUCCUUCGCGGAUGAAAGCAAAGCGACCCGGAAGGCAAAGGGGGAGCCGAUGUUAGCUCUGUGGCAGUAUCAUAUGUAUACAUAUGAAGGCCACCUUUCGGCGGAUCUCGGUCUUAGGAGGCAUAAUCUUCGCUAUAUUGAUGGGCUUGAUAUACGGCUCUUUGGGACUGAUGAUCCUCGUGUGAAAUGUCACAGACCAAUUGACAAGACGUCAAAAAGUACAUCCAGCGAAGCUAGUUUCGAGUGCUUAUCUAAAUGGAUCAAUAAUUGUUCGGAUAAUCAUAAAUCAUGCAACAAACUACAUGCCCGCACUGGUGAGAACAGGGAAUGGCUUCCAGCUCGACUGGUCAAGAUCAUCCCAAAUGCAGAUGGCGUGCCUGAGAUUAUCAAAGUGGUAGAAACGGACAGAAGCAAUGACCUUCCACCAAAAAUAGAGUAUGCUACGUUAAGCUACUGUUGGGGAAGACAACCUUUCACCAAACUACUCAGAUCCAACAUCGAGAGCAUGGCGACUACUGGAACGCCUGUCAAAGACCUCCCUGCAACAUUCCGUGAUGCAAUAACUGUCACAAAUCGUCUUGGUCUGGAGUAUAUCUGGAUAGACGCCCUUUGCAUUAUCCAGCUUGAUGCAGAAGACUGGAGUUUGCACUCGGUGACGAUGGCGAAAGUUUACUCAUACUCAGCAAUAACACUUGCUGCAGCAGCAUCAUCGGACGCACAUGGGGGACUCUUUCGCGAACGCAACCCUGCUGGCAUCAAUGGUGCGAAAGUCAAUCUCAAAUGGCCAUCACACGAGCUUGAAGGGGAAUUUUAUCUGGUACCAACAGAUCCCUGGGAGAAAGCAGUUGCAAACUCGCCACUGUUGAAGCGGGCAUGGGUAUUCCAAGAACGUCUUCUAUCACGAGGAACCGUUUACUUUGCUCACGAUAUGCUUUAUUGGGAAUGUGGCGAGCUCUACGCUUCGGAGCUUUAUCCUGAGGCAGGACCUUGGGAUCUGCAGUACCGAUACAAGAGAUUCGAUGUUGCUGAUAGGCUUCCCUCUGGUGUGCAGUCAGUAGAGGACUACAGGUUCAAGCAUGUAUACACAGAACUUCUCACGCGAGAACUCAACGCAGAGAAGACAGUUACGGAUGAAGAGAUGUUUCUCUACGUAUGGGCCUCAGUGGUAGCUCAGUACAGCGUCGGCAAACUGUCGAAGGAGACUGAUAAGCUCAUUGCUAUUGACGGUGUAGCUGAGCAGUUGACGAGUAUUGUACCGAGAGAGCAGUAUCUCAAGGGACUCUGGAAACAGGAAAGUCUUCCGCUCUCUCUACUAUGGCGCACCGAAACGGAAGAGGAACCGCCGAGUACCCGCGUCGCGCCGAGUUGGUCUUGGGCAUCUGUUUAUACGCCAGUUGACUUCAACUUCUUGUUCCGAGCGCAGACUGAACCCAAGGUCGUCACGAAAGUCAUCGAUAUCAUCACCCCCGACAAUGAGCCAGAGAGUCUCGAGAUAUCACGCCCUCCGGCACUUGUUCUUCAGGGCCCUCUCACCGAAGUGCGCUUUAGAUCUGCUUCACGCAGUGCACUAGGACCCUUGCAUUCAAACUGGUGGAAGAGCCACAACACGAUAAGAAAUCGCAUCAAGUUCUUGAAACCACUUGACCUGACGCCUAGACUUGUAUUCAUGGGGAAAGGCUUGAAGGCCGAUUAUCCAUGUGCUAUCUGGUUAGAUAGGGAGGUGCCAAAGAAUAGUCGAAUAUUCGCGCUCAAGAUCGCGGAAGCUGAUAUUAGACAUCCUUGGCAGGAGAGGUUACCAUCUGAGUGCGGCUUAUUAUUGAUCACUGAUCAAGAAAGAGGGGCUUUUAGGAGAAUUGGCACGUUUGAGAUUGCUGUUGAGAAAAUGAAGAGGGACUGGGCGGACCAAAAGACAUCGUUCACGGCGGUAUCUAAGUUGAGAGACGGAAUAUGGAGUGAUUCAGGUAUAGACAAGAGGUUUUAUUUAGGAAAGGAUGAGAAAGACGGAUAUACUAUCAAGAUAGUCUAA